CUCAUGUGUAACAGUAGCCUGGGUGUCCGCCCACUUUAGCAGAAUUAUUAAGGGAAAAUAACCAAAUGUUUGAUCAGCUGUGUGACCUGUUGCUGUCCACUGGUCGCUUCUGUCCACAGGUUUAAGCCUCAGUCUGAUCUGUUAACUUUUGCAUAUUUUCAGAUCAUCCAGAAGAGGGUUUUCUCGGCGGUGAGCUCAUUUGUCUUGUAGUUCAGUUUUAAAUGAAAAAGUGAACAGCUGUUUUCUGAUCACUCGUUUGUGAGACGCACCGAGGAGGGACGCACGUGGAGCUGAGGAGAGCGCGAGGAUGGCUGCAGGCUGGUGUCUCGCGGUGCCGUGGCUGCUGCUGCUCGUGCUGUCUCGUCCUGGGAGCUCGAGAUCUGCGCUGGGCUACUUCUCCCUGCAGGACAGUGCUGGCUCCCUGUCUGGGCGUGUGGAGAGACAAUAUGAUGACGUAGACUAUGACAGCUUCAUUGGCCUAAUGGGCAGAAGGAGCACAGGUGCAGAUGCUGUGCCACAGCUCAGAAGGGACAUGGAUGACAUCUUUGUUGGACUGUUGGGUCGGAGAAGCUCAGACUCAGGUACCCCUCCAUGGAGAGGAGACAGAAGAGGCAGCUUCAUCAUGAAAAACAGAAAGCUCAGAUUUCGACGUGCUGUGUGAAGCCAUUACUCAUCACUUGAAAUACAUCUGCGUGACAAGGAAAACCUGACAUGAGAGCUACAUAUGUUAACCUGUUUGAUAUAUUUAUUAUUUGUGGCAUGUUAUUGUGUAUAUUUAACUAAAUGUAGAGAAAUUCCUGAUAGGUUUUCUGGUGUGCAAUGGACCAUUCAGCAGUUUCAGAUAAGACGUUUUUUUUUGUUUAUUCCUGAAAUGGAUUUCUGUAUCUGUAUGGUGGUAAAAAGUCCUCAACCUACACUGUCUAAAUAAUGAAUGUAUUCCAUUUUAACUACACUAUCUACUGUAGUGAUUUUCAAGUUUAAGGCAAGAUGGUUUCCAUGAUCACAUAUACAAGAUCCAGGGUCAUCUGGCCCAACUUGAAUACCAACCUGCUAUAAGCUAUUAUCAAAAUUCUUCAUGAAAGCAAACCAUUUGAAAGGAAUACUUCAAAUUAAUGCUUCAUUUUUCAAAUUAAUCUCUGUCUGCUGUAUCUGCAGCCUAUGGUCAACUACCACAGAAAAUAACAGAAAAACACUUCAAAUGCACUUACUGUAGAAGCCAGUGAACAAGUGCUAAAUCAUCAGCCCAUUGCCUUUUAUUUUAAAUGCUUAAAUGACUGACUUUUCCGUUCUUUUACUACAUACAGGG